GCUCAAGCAGGCAACUACGAGGCUGCAGUUGAAGCAUUUGCACAGCUGGAGGAGCAGGGCGAGGAGGAGUCGGCAGGGCUGCUGGCGUGGAGGGGGGCGGCCAACGCCCUCACAGGCCGCCACACGCAGGCCAUCGCUGACCUCACCAAGGCGUUGAAGCUCAUCUCGUCGGAUCUACCCAUUUACCAGAGCCUGCUGCAGCACCGCGCCGUCUCGCACCUCAAGCUGCAGCAAUUCAGAGAGGCCAUAGCGGACUGGACGACCAUGAUCGAUGCCGACCCCAGCAAUGUGGCUGCCAUUCGUGAGAGAG